AUCAUGGCUGGUACUAGUAGGGCAGAGAACAGCUUUGACAAGCAGACGACAGCACAUCAUCAUCAUGAGUCUCUCUAUGCUAUCUGUGUUUGUGUUUGGUGCCUUUGCUGUGGCAACAUCGGCAGACACGCAAGUGGGUCUGGGCGCCAAAGUCCUGGUCUUCCCUUAUGAGACCGAUUUCAGCUACGUGACGCUGAUGCCGCUCAAGGACAUGGCUCUCAAGGCCUUCACCUUGUGUUUACGCAUGGCCACCGAGCUGCCCGAAGAACGCCAGAUCAUCCUGUUCGCAUAUCGCACGGCCGACUACGACGAACUCAACGUGUGGCGAGAGAAGGACGGACGCAUUUCCUUUUACAUGAGCGGUGACGGCGCUUUCUUCCACCUCCCUCCGCUGGGAACCUUCCGAACGAGCCUGUGCCUGACAUGGGAGUCUGUCACUGGACUCACUGCUUUUUGGGUGGACGGGAAGCGCAGCACGUACCAGGUCUACAAACCUGGACACAGCAUCCGUCCCAAAGGCACCGUCCUCCUGGGCCAGGACCCUGACAAACACCUGGGGGGCUUGGAGGCCCUGCAGAGUUUUGUGGGGGAGAUGACUGAUGUGAAUAUGUGGGACUUUGUUCUGUCCAGGAGCAUGAUCCAAGCUUGGCAUUAUGGCCACAAGGUCCCUGAAGGCAACAUCUUUAACUGGGCCACUAUUGAGUAUGAGCUUAAUGGCAACGUAAUGGUGGUGGAUGAUGACUGACUCAGUGUGGCAUCCUGUGGCGCCAUGCAUGGCAUCUGUGUUGGACUGCUUCUGAUGUGUGUCAUAUUCGUACAUAUUUCAUCUUGUUUUACUUUAGAGGCCUUGAGUUAGUUGGUAAGACCACUGUGCUUGAUUUUGGUAUCAUUUUAAAGAUAAGGAACCAGUUGCAGUCCAGCAGAGGUGUUUGUUUCACUCUCAGCAGCAGGAGGCAUCAUAAUAAUCAGAAAGUAAUAAUUUUCAAUUGUACGUAUUCCUAUCAUAGCACUAUAAUUAGUUUUUGUAUUUUUACUUGUACUUACAGUAAUAACAGUAAUAGUGAUAAAUGCAGCAUCAUGAUGAUAAUAAUAAUGACAUUAUUGUACUACAUACAUGCCUUAUGUAUGAAUUGGGUGGCACGCCUAUUCAUGUCAAACUGAGUUGGAAAUUAUUUCUAGUUAUUAAUAUUAAUGUAAUUAAUGUAAAUAAGCAUAUUAGUAGAAAUAUAAGACAACUUAAUUAGAUUUAGCUUGGUUGAACAGAAGCUAAUGCUUAGUAAAAACCUGUUUAACUAUUCGAUAAAAUCGAUAAAAGUGAUGUUUUUUUAAUAUUGAGAACAAUAAAUAAAUACAAAAUUACACACGUGAUGCUUUCCUUAUUAAGAAAAUGCUGAUUUUCAUUGGAGAUCUGUUAAGAUUGAUUUGGGUGAAUGGAAAUAAAUUUCUGGCACAGGAA